GAAGACACCAUGACCUCUCUGACGGAACAAGAAAUUGCCGAGUACAAGGAAGCCUUCAUGCUCUUCGACCGGAAUGGAGACGGGACCAUCACCACCAGGGAACUCGGCACCGUCUUGAGAUCCUUGGGACAAAACCCCACUGAAGCUGAGCUGAGGGAGAUCGUCCACAAGCUGGAAACUGACAAAAACGGCACCAUUGACUUCCCGGAUUUCUUGAACCUGAUGGAAAAGGAAAUCAAGAACCGUGAUUGUCACGAGAUCCGGAAAGCCUUCCAGGUCUUUGACAAAGAUGGGAACGGUUACAUCAGCGCCGCGGAGCUGAGGCACAUCAUGACCAACUUGGGUGAGAAGUUGUCCAAGGAAGAAGUCGAGGAGAUGCUGAAGGUGGCGGACCUGGAUGGAGAUGGGCAGAUGAAUUAUGAGGAAUUCCUGAGGAUGAUGACCAGCAAGUGA